CGGGCGGCGGGAGCGGCGGCGGCGGAGCAGCUGCGCGGCGGAGCGGCCUGACCCGCGCCCGGUCCGCGCCCUGUACCGCGGCCCCAGCGCCCCUCGCCACCUGCGCUCGGCCCGGCUCACCCGCGCCGCGACAGCGGCUACAGCAAGGGGAAAGGAACCGCUCGCCGCGCAGCUGCCCCCUCCCCGCCGCCGCGGGCAGCCCCCACCGACCAUGUCGCGGCCGCUCCCGCUGAAUCCCCCGUUCCUCCCUCCCACCUACGGUGUGCUGAAGUCCCUGCUGGAAAACCCGCUCAAGCUGCCGCUCGCUCACGAAGACGCAUUCGGUAAAGAAAAAGACAAAGAGAAGAAGUUAGAUGAUGACAGCACUGGUACCACAGUCCCUCAGUCAGCUUUCUUGGGUCCAACAUUAUGGGACAAGACACUGCCAUAUGAUGGAGACACUUUCCAGUUGGAAUACAUGGACCUGGAAGAAUUCCUCUCAGAAAAUGGCAUUCCACCCAGCCCAAACCAGCAUGAGCCUAGCCCACACCAGUCAGGUCUCCAGCAAGCUACCUCAGCAUCACCUUCUGUCAUGGACCUCAGCAGCAGGGCUUCUACUUCAGUCCAUCCAGGCAUGGUGUCGCAGAACUGCAUGCAGAGCCCAGUCAGACCAGGUCAGAUCUUGCCAGCAAACCGGAACACACCAAGCCCCAUUGAUCCUGAGACUAUCCAAGUUCCUGUGGGCUAUGAACCUGACCCUGCAGAUCUUGCUCUGUCCAGCAUUCCUGGCCAGGAGAUGUUCGAUCCUCGCAAGCGCAAGUUCUCCGAAGAGGAGCUGAAACCCCAGCCCAUGAUUAAGAAAGCUCGCAAAGUCUUCAUCCCAGAUGACCUGAAGGACGACAAAUACUGGGCCAGGCGCAGAAAGAACAACAUGGCAGCGAAGCGCUCACGGGACGCGCGGCGGCUGAAGGAGAACCAGAUUGCCAUCCGCGCCUCCUUCCUGGAGAAGGAGAACUCGGCCCUGCGCCAGGAGGUGGCCGACCUGCGGAAAGAGCUGGGCAAGUGCAAGAAUGUCCUGGCCAAGUACGAAGCUCGGCACGGCCCCCUGUAAAUCCCAGGCGGGGGAGGUGGGGUGUUUUGGGGUUUUUUUCUUUUUUCUUUUCUUUUUCUUUUUUGUUUUCUUUGUUGCGGGUUGGCAUUUGACUAGAUGGACAAUGUGUUUCCUGUUUGAUAGCACCACACCCAAACCAACCUUUCUGUCUUCAGCACUUUACCAGAAGCAGAAACAAAACUGACUUAAUGUUGGUUUUUUGUUGUUUGUUUUUUUUUGUUUUUUUUCUUUUUGUUUGCGUGUACGUGUCCUUGCGUGUGUGUGUGCACACGUGUGUGCCCAGGUCUGUGUCUGUGGGUAUGCAUGUGCGUGGCUGUGCGUGUGCGUGUGCAUCUCAGCACUUCCCAUUUUUAUCAGCCCUCUUCAAAGGGUGCCACAUUUUUACCUGGACUGUUGAAAACCGCCAUAGUAAGCUUUUUAUUAUAUAUAUUUUUUUUUUUUUUCCUUCAGUGCUGCUUCAGAGUAGGGGUUUUAUGCUCUCGUAAUCAGUUCCAUCCUCCUGAUUUACUUGGAAAGAUCCCAGCAUAAAUUACAAAAAAAAAAAAAAGGAAAAAAAAAAAGAAAAAAGAAAAAAAAGGUAGAUCUCAGUUUUUUUUUGGAGAGUAACAAGCUAUCGUUUUAAGUCUGUCUAAUCAGAAAAGUUAACAUGCUAAUACAGUGAACAAAUAACAAUUUAGUACUACACUGCAGAACUAUUAAUUUAUAGAUCGCUUUUGUUGUAUUUUUAAGUUUUGGUAAUAAUUGUCUUCAGAUUUAAAAGUGCUGUUAGACUGAGUUUAGCUAUACCCAUGAUAGAUCCCAUAAUGGCUUCUCUGUAGCUCCUAAGGUUCCUUUUCUCUCCACGGACCCCAGGUAGGUAGGUAGGAGUUGUUGGUAGAGCACAGAGUGUGUACCUUGCACUGCCUGUACCUGAAGCAAUAAUCCUGCGUGCAUGCUGCCCGGAUGUUCCCAGUGGACGUGGGAUGGUUCCCUACCCAACAGCAGUCUCCAUGUCUUUAACAAGGAGUUCCAAAAAGUCCCAGACAUGUUCCCAUGAGCAUGCUGGCUGUGUCCCUGCCGUGGGGGAGCGCAUGUGUAAGGAGCAGGAUCGUUAGUUGAAAAUGAGAACAAAAUUAAAUAGCGUCAAAUCAGAUCUGAUGUUGAAAUCAGAGGGGCUUUUCUGUUUUCAGUUAGUUACUCCAUUUUGUGAUUAAAAGUUGAAUAAAUACCUAAAUUCAGUUGUUUUUUUCCCCACGUUUUGUAAUAUAUUUUCUGUGGAUUAUAUCUUGCUGUUUAAAAACAAAAUCACUUUUAUUCAGUUAGAAGAAGUCACUGGUUUGCAAAGCCCAUUUUUUCCUAGUGAUUGUUGUUUUGAGUGUGACAUGAACUGAUGGUUCUGAACUUCAUUGUUUUAAACUCUCUGCUUUUGAACAUGUAUGUUCUAAUAUAAAGUGGACUUCUGAGAAAUGAAUGUAAGAGACACUGGUGUAUUUCAGAAGGGGAUGGUGUUGUCAUAUACUGUGGUUAAUCCAAUCAAUCUAAGUGUUUACUUUAGACCAAAAGGAUAGAUGUUAUAAAAUGUAUAAAGUUUAUACAGAAUAAUUAUAGUAUGUUUGUUUUGUACAGUAUUUUUCAAGUACAAAUACUGACAAUGUAUUUUGAAAGACAUAUAUAUAGCAAAAAGAAAAAGCUAUUCCAUGUUUAAAAUAUAUAGCAAAGAUAUAUAUUCUCCAUUAUUGUAUAGAAAGGAAAUGCUUAGGGGUUUGUUGGUUGUUGUUUUUUUCUUUUUUUUUUAAAUCCAUCAUUUUAAGCCUGGCACACUGGCAUGUUCUGUGCUUUAAAUUAAAUUUUAAUGGAAGUAAUAUGGCUUUCCAGGAUUUUCCAUAUUACUGAAAAAGAGAUAUUGUUUAUUUUUCAUCAGAAACACAUAAAAGAAACUGUUUAACAGGGACAAAGCACAACAUGGAUUUUAGUCAACUAUGGAUUGGACAUUACAACAUUUUGUAAUGGCAGAAAAAUAAUAUAUAAUACAAAACCACUCAUCGUAAUUUCCAAUCUGCUGCUGCUGCUGCUAGAAUCUGUUUCCAGCUGAAUUUUUUUGUUAUAAACAGCUCAGAUCCUGUACACAGCUCUGUGUACUGCAUCCAGUUGGUAACGGGAGGAAAAUACGGUGCUACGUCUUGCUCACAGUUUUCUAAGCCUUCUGACAUUAUUUUCAAAUAAAAUCGUUGUUCAUUCCAUUAAAUCAUUAUUCAUGCUUCAGGAGAUGGCUGCAAAGAACUCAGCAUUUUGGUCAGCAUUAAAAGCACCCUUGCAUGGAUGGCAUUUCUCCAGUGUUUUUCCACAAACAUACCUGGCUUGUCGGUGUCCUGUAAGGUGCAGUGCUUGCCUGUGGACCAUUUGUUCAGCAGAGUUUCCACGUGCUACAGGAGGUCUGAAGUGCAGUGAGUUAUUCCCUAAAGGUGGGCAGAAGGCACUGCAGGGGCCAGGAGGGUCUGGCACAGUUGGGGUCUCUGCUGCAGCCCCUUGGGAACGCCCCUGGUUUUCCCUCUGGGAGAAGCAGAGCUGGGAGCUGCUGCAGACACAUCCUUAACAGCAGCACAGCAAAUUGCAGCAGUCUCUAACCACCCCCACAAAGGGGAUUUUUGGGGGGACCCAAGAGCAGGGUGAGGUCAGUGGUGCCACUGCUAGGGCGGGUUGUGACCACAAAACUUUGUGUAACAUGCAAAAGGCAGCUUGGGAAAGGAAAAAGAGAAUUCUUUUGUUUCUUUGGGCAGGGAAGGGGUGGGAAGUGGUUGAAGGCUAGAUAUCAGGUUUAUUGAGGCAGGGCCACAGAGAAGCAUGGGGGUUCCUGGCUCUGCCUUGCCCAGCAGUCCCAGAGCCACUUUGGUGCCUCCUUGUCCCAUCCCAGCCCUGGGAAUGUCACAGCUGCAGCCUCUCCUCUGGGCUGGGGACUUUCUGAGGAGCCUGUGGGACUCGGGCUCUCCCCAGUUCCUGUGGGACUUUGGCACUCUGGCUGCUCUGAAAAGCUCACCUGGGAAAAAAAAAAAAAAAAAAAAACAGGAAAAAAAAGGCAGAAUGUGUUGUGGGCUUAAAACUUGGAAAAUCCCCAAGUUCACUAUCCAGGUUGUCUCCCUGAAAUAACAAUGAAAAUAAAUAAAUGGAAGUUCAGCUCAUUUUCAGUUCCCAAGGAUAGCUCAGCUGGGCUCAUCACACCUCUGAUGGCUUCGUUGCUCAUGAAGGAGCUUUUAGGUAUAAGAAAUUGUAAUUUUAUAAAAAUAGAAAUUUAUAUAUUUGCAUAAUAAUUAAUAGCUUAUCUAAAUAAUUCACUGACCUCUAUUACACUAUAAGCAUUGGUAAAAUGCUUGUCUUCUCUUUCAUUUUUUGCUGAACCUUAGAAGUGGAUUUUUUCUUUUUACAAAAGAAUGCCCUCUAGAAAUCAGUGGGACUGGAGAUGGAUUUGUGCAUCUGAGCACCUUGGGGCUCUCUGUGGGAAAGCCCGUGGCAGAGGAGGGGGGGUAUUUCUUUUUGUGUUUCGAGUGGUGCUGAAAUCACUAAACCAGCACCAUGGAAAUAAGUUCUGACUUGAAUCCACAAAAGCAAGAAAUUCAGAGUGCAGGGGAGGAGCCAGGGCAGGCACCAGGGAUGGGAUCAGUUCAGACCCCUCUCAUUUGAAUAUCUUGCCUCUGUGGGUUUGUAAUACCCCCAAUUAUUGCUUUAAAAUUAUUUUUGCCGGAAAUUUUACAAUAGAGAUGUGGAGUUUAUUUUUGUUUUGUUGACUUUUUUAUGUGAAGAAAAAAAAAUUAUAUUAAAACUUAUAUGUGAUCAACCAUCGUAUUUCUGGCAACACCACAAGACAGAAUUAAACACAAGUUUAACAAAUAGAUCAAAUUAUCUGUAUGACAAGAAAUGGUUUGCAUCCUGUAUGCUGUUCAGCCCAAAUAUUUUUUUUUUUUUUUUUGUCUGUUAUUCUUAAUGUUUAAUAAACUUUUAAAUUUUUCUUCUCUCA